AUGUCAUCAAGCACCCAGGACGACAAAGAUAAGUCCCAAGCGGAUGCGGAGCUCAACGGAGACUAUGAUCUGUCACAGGCGAUUGACUCGCGGCAGGGGAUGCGGCAGGGACUGACAUCGUACGGCGAUGCGCACUUCUCUCUGUUCCUACGCAAGGUGUUUAUCAAGGCGCUAGGGUAUUCAGAGGAUGCGCUGUCGCGGCCGAUUGUUGGUAUCGUGAACACAUUCUCCGGGUUUAACCCGUGCCAUGCCAACGUGCCGCAGCUUAUAGAUGCAGUGCGAAGAGGAGUGCAACUUGCAGGAGGGCUGGCUGUGGAUUUCCCGACGAUCAGUUUGCAUGAGUCGUUUGCGGCGCCGACGAGCAUGUACCUUAGGAACUUGAUGAGUAUGGAUACCGAGGAGAUGAUUAAGGCGCAGCCGGUUGAUGCUGUAGUGUUGGUGGGAGGAUGCGAUAAGACGACGCCGGCACAGCUCAUGGGCGGGAUAUCGGCGAAUAAACCGAUCCUGCAUCUUGUUACGGGGCCGAUGAUGCCGGGUAGCCAUAAGGGCGUCCGGAUCGGGGCGUGUACUGAUUGUCGGAAUAAUUGGGCGAGCUUUCGAGCUGGUGUUAUUGAUAUCGAGGAGAUUGCGGCGCUGAAUGAGGAGCUUGCGCCAACGGCUGGCACGUGUGGAGUUAUGGGCACGGCGAGUACAAUGGCGUGUAUACUAGUCGGACUCGGUCUCAUGCCAUUUAAAGGGGCAACAGCACCAGCCGUAUCAUCGGCUCGUCUACGAAUUGCGGAAGAGACGGGUGCUACCGCUGUGAAAAUUAUUUCAGCCGGCGACAAGUUAAAGCCGCAGGCCUUACUAACGCGGGAGUCGUUCCUUAACGCUAUCAUCGUACUACAAGCCAUUGGCGGCUCUACGAACGCUGUGGUGCAUUUAAUGGCUAUUAUUAACCGGCACCCUGCUGUUGCGGGAACAAUCAAUCUUGACACCUUCGACGAAAUUGGGCGUCUCACUCCUCUUCUUGUAGAUCUGAAACCCAGUGGUUCUAACUAUAUGACCGAUUUCCAUAAUUCGGGCGGCAUGGCUGAACUGCUAAAGGAGUUGAGGCCACUUCUACACUUGGACGCGCUGACGGUCUCCGGAAAGACGCUUGGUGAAGCACUGGAUAGAGAGCGCUCAAUAUCGGUGCCGCAAGAACUACGUUGUAUCCAGCCCUUCGAUACUCCUCUUUAUCCAGCUUCCUCGAUAGUCGUGUUACGCGGUAAUCUCGCACCUGGGGGGGCCGUUAUGAAAGCGAGUGCGUCCAAAGACCGUCGGCUCCUAAAGCACUCUGGGAAAGCCGUAGUAUUUGCCGGGUCCGCGGACCUAGCUGUACGUAUUGAUGAUGAUAACCUAGAGGUCACGCCCGACAGCGUGCUAGUGCUACAGAACAUUGGACCGGUUGGUAACCCAGGUAUGCCGGAGGCUGGACUGGUGCCAAUCCCGCGGAAAUUAGCAGCGCGCGGAGUCACAGACAUGUUGCGGGUUUCGGACGGACGGAUGAGCGGUACGGCUGGUGGCACCAUAGUGCUACAUAUCUCUCCAGAAGCGGCGAACCCGGAGUCCGUGCUGGGGAUUGUAAGGGAUGGCGAUGUGAUUACGUGCGAUGUAGAGAAGCGACUCUUGCAAGUGGAAAUUAACGAUGAGGAAAUUGAGCGUAGGAGGGAGGCUAGACGUGUGGAAGUAGAGAAAGAUGGUUCACAGCACCCCUGGAAGAUGAGGGAGAAGAUGAGAGGAUAUAGGGGCUUGUAUAUGAGGUCGGUUAAUGAGGCGGAUCAGGGGGCGGAUUUUGACUUUUUACGUGCUGAAGGGUCGGGGUAA